AUGGGAAUUCCAUAACCAAAACAAACUCAAUCCCAACUUUUUGAAGAAACCCUCAAAUAAUUCGACAUAAUUGACAAAUAAUCUACAUACGUACUAUUUCAGAAUAAUUCUACAAUGCAAAAGUUAGAAUAUUGGACUUUCAAGUAUCAUGAUGAGGACUCCUUCAAGAGAGCAGUAAAAGAUCUGACUCCUCUGAGAACCUGUCAAACUCUGCUCCAAAUCUUCAAACAAAACACCUUGACUCACGAUGAAUUCUGUUCUACAUUCUAUGAACUCCAAUUACUCGUUGAACAUCCAAUCCAAAGUUUUGCAGAGUACCUUCAAAAUAGAGGACAACAUGAUUACUCAUCUAAAGAAUUGUAUCAUCUGAUUGAUUGCGUAGUGUUCGCUCAAUUAAACCUCGAUAAGAAACAAUACAUAGGAUUCAAUAAUCUAUGGCAAGGUGAAAAUGAUGUCUGGAAAUUGAGAAGCUUUGAUUACUCCUACCGACCCAUUGACUUCUGGGGAAAACAAAUACCCUACUUGUAUCCAGCACCAGAAGACUUCAAACAGGAUCCCUCGCUUAAGUAUUCCCUUGAAAAAUCAACCGUCUUCACCUUUGGCAUGCUCCUUCUCCAUGUUGCAUUAGGUAUUACAUCAGCAUAACUAAGCAUAGCCAAAUCAUGCGACUCACUUUACCAGAACAAUACUAUAGAUCAUCAAAGAAUGACAACUAGAAUUGCUGAAUUCUACAAAAAUUAUCCCACCACUCUUGCAGAUAUUAUUGCCAAUAUGCUCUAAUUCGAUCCUAAUCAAAGAUGCACUUACCAAGAUAUUCAAAAUAUUCUGAAAGAAGCUCAACAAUGUAAGAUAACUGAUAGCACUAAUCUACUCUUGAAGAUGCACAAACAGAGCAAUAGCUAAUCUAAAUUAUAAGGAAACCCUUAUAAAUCUCCUGUAGAAACCUCAAGAUUGAUGAAUAUUCCACUCUAUCCAGAAUAAACUUUUUUAAAUUCUCAAUCAAUCCCUGGAAAUAAUAGUUUACCAAAUCAUACUAAUCCAUUACAAUCCAAUAAUUAAUAAUUGAUAUCCACCAUCUCCUAACAAUAAUAGAUAGACAAUAAAGAACCUUAGACUCUUUUACAAAACUGGAGUCAAUCAAGGUCAGGUAAAUUAUAAUUUGGUGAUGGAAGAUACUACGAGGGAGAGAUCAUGAAUGAAUAAAUGAAUGGUAAAGGUGUUCUGUAUAAUUCUGAUUCUACGGUUGGGUAUGAUGGUGAAUUUUUAAAUGGUUAAUUCCAUGGGGUUGGAGUUUAAUUCAAUGAAAAUCCUGAUAUCAUGGAUACUUUCCUUAAUAUUAAUGAAUUUCCUGGUAUUUUGAAUUAUUGGGUAAAAUAUGAGGGUGAAUUCUCUUAAAAUAAAAAACAUGGAAUCGGAAGUAUUACAUUCUCAAACAGUGAUUGUUACAUAGGGGGAUUUCAGAAAGAUUAAAUGAACGGAAGAGGCACUUACACUUAAAAAUAUGGGUAAACUUAUAUUGGGUUUUGGGAAUGUAAUAAACUAAAAUAUUGA